AGUCAACAGAACAACAAAUUGACAAUCAUUCCGGAUAAAAUGGCUGCCCCAGAAGGAUAUCCUCUUCUCUGCUUAGAGAAUCCUCUCCUGGAUAUCCAGGGCGUGGGAAAUGAAGCGAUGCUAGAGAAGUAUGGCGUCAAGGCCAACGAUGCCAUUCUUGCCGAAGAGAAACAUAUGGGUCUCUACGAGGAUCUCCUGCAAAAUUGCGGUGCGAAACUGAUUGCGGGAGGGGCUGCUCAAAAUACUGCCCGUGGAGCUCAGUACAUGCUUCCCGAUAAUUCCGUUGUGUAUAUGGGCUGCGUUGGCAAGGACAAGUACGCAGACAUUCUCAGAGAUGCCGGAAGCAAGGCUGGCAUCCGCACAGAAUACAGAGUGGAUGAUGUUCAGCCAACCGGUCGCUGCGGUGUAAUAAUCACUGGCCACAACCGCUCUCUUGUGACUCACCUCGCUGCUGCCAAUGAAUACAAGCUAGAUCAUCUCAAACAACCUGAGAUCUGGUCCCUAGUCGAGAAGGCUAAAUACUUCUUCGUUGGUGGAUUCCACUUGACUGUCUGUGUACCAGCUAUAAUGGCUCUGGCUGAAGAAGCAGCUGAGAAGAAUAAGACUUUUAUUCUCUCUCUUUCCGCACCAUUCAUUCCGGCUGUCUUUAAGGAUCCCCUUGACCAAGUUUUCCCAUAUACCGAUUACAUCGUCGGAAAUGAAUCGGAAGCACUCGCCUUUUCCGAAGCCCACGGAUGGGGCAUCAGCGAUCUUACUGAGAUCGCCAAGAAGAUGGCCAAUCUUCCAAAGAAGAACUCUCAGCGCCCUAGAACCGUUAUCAUCACUCAUGGCACGGAGCCAACUAUCUCCGCUGUCUCUGACGGGAACGGCGGUGCUGAGGUAAAAACAACCGCCAUCCGGAAGAUCUCCCAGGAUGAGAUUUAUGAUACUAACGGCGCUGGGGAUGCAUUUGCUGGAGGAUUCUGUGCUGGCGUGGUUCAAGGAAAGACCCUUGACGAAUGUCUUGAUAUGGGCCACUGGCUGGCGAACCUUAGCAUCAGAGAAUUGGGUCCACAAUUCCCCUUCCCGAAGAAGACUUACACAUCAUAAACCGAAGAGGCAACCUGUAGAAGAUUUCAACCUCACCAGUGGCCCAAAGAUCUCAUUCGUAUUUCCGUUCUGUCAACUCUCACGAUUAUCCUUCCUCUUUCCUGAGAUCCGAAAUUCAACGAUUACAUACAUUACAUUUUGAUGGCCGCAGGCCGAAUAUUGAUUCGAAUGCCAGGCAGCGUAACAUUGGAAUUCAUAUAAACUUGUGUCCCACAUAACGCCGGCUCAAUGGUGAGAAUUGGACAUACUCAAAGCGAUGAACGUUUUCAACAACGCCAAAACACUCGAGCUGAUGAACGGACAAAUCGAAAGAGCAAAAUAGAUAGCCAUAAUGAAUAAAUUAUUAUUAUUAUUAUC